GGGUGCGUCGCCACGGUGAGACGCGGCAGACACGCAGGACCAGAAUUGACCCCCCCUCCCCUUCCUGAGGUUGUUGUUGUCGUCGGAGCCGGCGGAGAGAGGGGAGGCGGGGUCGGCGGGAAGCGCACGGGCGUGUCCCGAGGGAGAGCUUGACAAAGAGCUUUGGCGCUCCAUCCAUGCGGAUGGACUGAUGACAGCACCUGCCGCUGGACAAAGACACGCGCGCGCGCGCCCUCGCAGCAUGGCCUCCGCGCCAUCCGCCCUCAGUGAGCACGAGGAGCUGCAAAGGAGGGCCGAUCGGCUGACAGAUGAGUCACUGGAGAGCACGCGCAGGAUGACGCAGCUCGUGGAGGAGAGCAAAGACGCCGGCAUCCGAGCUUUGGUCAUGUUGGAUGAACAAGGAGAGCAGUUGGAGCGCAUCGAAGAAGGUUUGGAUCAAAUCGACUCGGACAUGAAGGAAGCCGAGAAGAACCUGACCGACUUGGGAAAAUGCUGCGGCCUCUGCGCUUGCGACAAACUGAAGGCCUUUGAAGAAGGCGGGGGAUACGGGGCGGUUUGGGGCGGCGGCUCGGGCGCGGACGGAGCCGUGUCCGAUCAGCCGCCGUCGUCCCGGCUGGUGGACGAGCGCGAGCGGAUGAUCAUGAGCGGAGGAUACAUUACAAGGGUGACGCGGGACGCCCGCGAGGACGAGAUGAACGACAACCUGGCGCACGUGGGCAGCAUCGUGGGCAACCUGAGGUGCAUGGCGCUGGACAUGGGCCACGAGAUCGACUCGCAGAACGUCCAGAUAGAACGCGUUCGAAGCAAGGCCAUCCUGAACGUGACGCGCAUCGACACGGCCAACAAGAAAGCCAACAACCUCAUGAAAAGAUAGAAGAUGCUUCCUCGCCAUCCCGGAAUGCCGUCCUUCCCCAAAAGUGACCAAUAAAGUCCGAAAGUCAA